CUUUUAAACAAAUACCUCCACCCCUCCUUUCCCCACCCAAUUUCGGUUUUGCAUUGCUUCGUUUUGGUUUUUUUGCUUUGCUCUGAAACUCCAAGCUCUCAUCAAUGGCGGAUCCAGCGACUAUCUCACCAGCCACGCUGUUGAAAGAUGAGCUUGACAUCGUGAUUCCCACCAUUAGGAACUUGGAUUUCUUGGAGAUGUGGAGACCCUUUUUCCAACCUUACCAUCUCAUCAUAGUUCAAGAUGGCGAUCCUUCAAAGGCCAUCAAAGUUCCUGAAGGCUUUGAUUACGAGCUUUACAACAGGAACGAUAUCAAUAGGAUUUUGGGUCCUAAAGCUUCUUGCAUCUCUUUCAAGGACUCUGCUUGUCGGUGCUUUGGAUACAUGGUUUCCAAGAAGAAGUACAUCUAUACCAUUGACGACGAUUGUUUCGUUGCUAAAGAUCCAUCUGGAAAAGACAUUAAUGCAUUGGAGCAGCACAUAAAGAACCUUCUGAGUCCCUCUACUCCGUUUUUCUUCAACACCCUUUACGAUCCAUACCGAGCUGGUGCCGAUUUUGUUCGCGGGUACCCAUUUAGUCUCCGCGAGGGUGUUCCCACCGCCGUGUCUCACGGUCUCUGGCUCAACAUCCCAGAUUAUGACGCACCAACUCAGCUUGUCAAGCCUCUUGAGAGGAACACCAGGUACGUUGAUGCUGUUAUGACAAUACCUAAGGGAACCUUGUUUCCCAUGUGUGGUAUGAAUCUCGCAUUCGACCGUGAGUUGAUCGGCCCGGCAAUGUACUUUGGACUUAUGGGCGAUGGCCAGCCUAUUGGACGAUACGAUGAUAUGUGGGCUGGCUGGUGCACCAAGGUUAUAUGCGAUCACCUCGGAUGGGGAGUGAAGACCGGAUUGCCAUACAUUUGGCACAGCAAAGCAAGCAACCCAUUCGUGAAUCUUAGGAAAGAAUACAAAGGGAUCUACUGGCAAGAAGAGUUGAUCCCGUUCUUCCAAUCGGUUACCCUUCCGAAGGACUGCACCAGCGUUCAAAAAUGCUACAUUGAAAUCGCCAAUCAGGUGAAGGCGAAACUCGGCAAGGUCGAUGACUACUUUAACAAGCUUGCAGAUGCUAUGGUGACAUGGAUUGAAGCAUGGGAUGAGCUGAACCCAUCAGGUGCCUCAAAAUCUUCUGAUUUGCCUAAUGGUCCCUCGAAAUAAGCUUACUUCGCGUUAAGUUUAGCUGCUAUUGGCUCGUAUCGCUGAUCAUCCAUUUUUGUUCAAGCUCUUGCAUUAAAGCUUGGAAUGAUUAUUUUUGCAGGGGGGAUAUAGAUCUAUUUAUUUACCGUAUUACUUAGCAUGACUAAGAGAUUAUUACAUCUAUUUAUUUACCAUAUUACUUAGCAUGAUUGGAAGAUUA